UCAAUAGCUGAGUGAAUAUCCAAUCACUUUAAGCCCAGUUGAUUAAACUAAAUUAAUUUAGUUUGAUUGUUGUUAAUUUUUCACUAAUUGUUGUUCUGUUUUACUUGGUAACUUUGAGUUUUUGUUUGUGGUUGUUCUGCUUUUAUUAAGGAUUAACAAAUCAUCUGCAAUUAUGUCAGGAUUUCUUGAAUCUAUUCCAACUCAUAUGGAUUUUGCUGGUCAGAAGAAAGCUGAGAAAUUAUUCCAAACGUUAAUACUAACUGCUGCUGUCAUUGGUUUAGGAAUUGGCUACUAUCAUGAGCAGUUUUCUUACACCGUCUACUCCCUUGGUGCAGGAUUUGUCAUCUCUUGCUUGUUGACACUUCCACCUUGGCCCAUGUACCGUAAACAUCCAGUUAAAUGGCAAAAGCGACGAAAAGAAACUUCUAAAGCAAACAAAGAAGAUGAACCAACAUCUUCUCCAUCUUCUCCAUCAGCAACCAAAGGCAAGAAAAAGAAAUGAUCAAAGGCUCUGAUUGAAUAUUCUUUGAGUAAAUAAACUUGUUCGAAUUUUUCAUCGAAUUGUAACCUCUUAUCACUCAUCAUAUUCCGAACUUUUCUCUAUUCACAAAAUGAUGGUGAUUCUUAAAAUAAAGAAAACAACUUUUUUCUAUACAA